UUACAAAGUCAAACCGUUUGGAAGUAGAGAGGAAAUUAAUUAAUAUGGUUCCUCUUUUUUUUUUCCUUUCUUUCUUAUUUUUUAACAGAUGGUGAAAGAGUUUGCCUUCUCAACUCAAGGCCAGACUCUGACCUGAGGAAACCUCUGUAAUCCUGUGGUUUCCAAUCUAAGAAAUUUCAGGAGGCUUCUUUGAAAACAACUUCUGUCAGAAGAAUGGCGUCGUCUUCUCUACAGAUUUGUGCAUUGCUGCUGGCUGUAGCAGGAUUCACCAUUUUACUUGUUGCUACCAUGUCUAACAGAUGGAAAAUUUCAGACACUGCAACAGAACUUGUUACUGCAGACUGGAUUUCUGAAGGUCUUUGGAUGGACUGUGCAGUGACUACUUUUGGAUCAGUAGAGUGCAAGAGAUUUCUCUACAUGUUGAGUUCAGACACUCAUAUUCAGGCAUGUCGUGCCCUGAUGAUUGCUUCCAUCCUUUUGGGAUUCAUAGCUACAGUACUCUCGCUGCUUGGUUUGAAGUGCACAAACAUUGGGUUGAGCGAUGAGGAUGGAAAAAUGAAGUUUGUUGUCACAGGAGGAUUUCUCUUUAUUUUAGGAGGUCUCUGCUCCAUGGUGGCUGUUUCUUGGUAUGCUGCGAUGGUUACUGCUCAAUUUUUUGACCCACUGUAUGCUGGAACCAAGUAUGAACUAGGAGAUGCCCUGUAUUUAGGCUGGGCUGGAUCUGUUCUUUAUAUGCUUGGUGGGAUCUUAUUGACCUGUUCUUGCAAAGGGAAGAAAAAGCAGGAUUACAGCUGCAACAAAUAUGCAUAUUCAGCAGGCCAAGCAGCUCAUCAGCAGCACUUAUACGGCAAAAACUCUGAGACAGUCAUAAGCAACAAGGAGUAUGUCUAAAUUUACCUUUUACAUCACUUGCAAUGUUAGGUUAUGAACUCAAAGAAGUAGACUACUUCCAGGGUUCCAGUUCCAAAUUGCAAUCUUUCAUGUUAAUGUGGAGCAGUACAAGGAGGAGGUACAGUUUUCAAUGUAAAUAGGAAUGGUUUUCAGGGAAUAGCUUUCAGAAAUGUAAAUAUUUUUACAGAAAAUACUGUGAUGUGAAAUCCUGCAGCAUGAAGGUUUUCUGCAUGCUAAGAAGCCUGGUAAAAUUUAACCACAGAGUGCAGUGUAUCCUGACAAUCAAGAACAACUGUUUCUAUUUCAGCUGACUCAAAAAUGCGGAACUGAUAUGCUGAAGCUGACUGCAAGUUAAUAUGCCUCAGUUAGAAAUGUAUUGUAUUUUCAUUAAUGUUUCGCUUCCUACUUUUGUUUAGCAGCUUUAGC